AUCACAUACUUGGUGUUCGCGUCAUUGCUUCAGUAGCUACGGUUUCUCCUCAAAUCGCAUUUGGCUUAUUUUUCUUAAUUACGAUCGUGAUGUACCUUCUGUAUAAUUUUUUAAAUAUUUUGAAUAAUUUAAUAAUUCGAUCAUUCAUUUCUUGGAACUUUUUAUCUUUAUUGCUUUUCAAAUACCGGUUGUCAUGAUCGAUUUGUGACUCUAAUAAUUCAACAUAACGUUAAGUUUAAUUAAUUUAUUUAUUUAAUGUAUUUAAUUAUCAAUUAUCAAUGUAAAUAUUUAUAUUUUAAAUGAAAAAAAAAUAUAUGUAUAUAUACACAUAUAUACAUACAUACAUGUAUAUAUAUAUAUGUGUGUGUACAUGUUUAUAUUUAAAUAGUAAAAAACAGAAAAUAAAUUGUAUAUAAAGAGUUUUAAUUCUAAUUGUGUUAAAAAUAAGAAUUUAUUGUUGCAAUUAAUGCAUCCUGUAAAGAGCAAAAUGUUUCUUGUAUGUGUAAGUGGCCUUGUACUUUUGGCCUCUAAAUAUCAUAAGAAUGUUUUUCAAAGUGUUAAGCACUUUUGUCAACGUAUAAAGAGUAAGAGCUAUAAACAAUAUGAUCAGAAAAAAAAAGAUCUUAAAAUUACAUUAGAUAAAAUUAUUUUGGCUGAUACUCCAGAGAAAUGUGAUUAUGCCAUUCAGCGUAUUCACUGCAACUUGUCUAAUGAUGUAUUGGGUUUUGAUUGUGAAUGGGUAAAUGAAGGACCUGUUUCUUUACUUCAACUUGCUACAUUUAAUGGAGUGUGUGGUCUUUUUCGUAUUAGUAAAAUAGGAUAUAUUCCUCAAAAAUUAGAAGAGCUGCUAGCUAAUAAACGUAUUCUUAAAGUAGGAGUUGCUUCAUAUGAAGAUGGUCAAAAAAUUAUAGCAGAUUAUGGUUGUAAAGUUUGUAAUACACUUGAUUUAAGGACAUUAGCAGAACGUGUGAAUUUACCAAGUCCAAAAAGUUUAGCUGCAAUGAGUUUGCAAUAUUUAGGUUUGGAAAUGGAUAAACUAAUAAAAGUAAGGUGUAGCAAUUGGAAUGCUGGCACUCUUACUGACGAACAAGUAGCAUAUGCUGCUUGUGAUGCACUUGCAUCUGUUCUUAUUUAUGACCAAAUUAUGCAAAAAAUAAAAGAAAAAUACUCUUUGUGGGAAAACUUAUUAAAUUAUAUAAAAAGUAUAUGUAAUAGAAAUUUAAAUAUGCAAUUUUAUUGUUUACCUAAUGAUGUAAUUGAUACAAGGUUCAGAGCUCAACAAACACAUAUAACAGUUAAUCAAAAAAAUAUUGAAAAUAAUUAUUUUGAUAAGAUUACCAAAGAUUUAAAGAUAAAAAACAUUGUACAUAAAAGUAAUAUACCUACAAGAAAUAAACCAUUAUAUCAUAAUUGUUAUUUACAAGCACCUGAUGGAGAAAUAUUAUGUACAUGUGAUCGUAAGAAAGCAGAAUGGUACGUUACAAAAGAAUUAGGAGAAAUAAUUGAAAAUGAACCAUUUACUGUAAGAUUGAAAUUUGAACCUUCUGGACGUGCUUUGGGAGAAGUUGGACAAUAUUAUACACAAGUUAAAAUUAAUCAAUGUGUAGUUUGUGGAACUUCAAAUAAGUUUAUUAGAAAAAAUGUUGUACCUCGAGAAUAUCGUAAAUAUUUUCCAUUGGUGAUGAAAGCUCAUCAAUCUCAUGAUAUAUUAUUAUUAUGUCCAUCCUGUCAUGAAAUAAGUAAUUGUCAUGAUCUGCAGCUCAGAAGAAAGUUAGCAGAUAUGUGCGAUGCUCCUUUAGCUGGUCCAUUAACACAUAUACGUAAUAAACAUGUAAAUAAUUAUAGAAAAUUACAUUCUGCUGUUAAAGCACUGAAAGAGAGAACAACUUUACCUGAUGCACGACGCAAAGAUUUAGAACACUAUAUUUCGGAAUGUACAAAUGGACAACAAGUUACACCAAGUUUACUUGAUGCAUUAAAUAAGGAAUUAAAAAAUGUUAUAAUUUCAUUGCCUAAUUAUGAUCAAUUUAAAUGCCAACCUCAUGGCUUAAAGGUAGUUCAAUAUUUCCAAAAAAGGGAAGGGGGAUUAAUAGAAUUGGAGCGUAUGUGGAGAGAACACUUUCUUUUGACAAUGAAGCCAAAAUAUCUACCAAAUUUAUGGUCUGUUCGUCAUAAUCAAGAAAGAUUAACUAUUCGUCAAUCUCAGAACAGAAUUGAGCCAAAAGAUGCAAAGGUAGCUGGUUUGGCAUACUGAAUUUUAUAUAUUGCGUAUAUAGGAGGACUCGUAUAUGAGCGAGUACUUGUAUUAAAAGACUGCUACAUAAAUCUGUAUAUCUUUUAUGUGCAUAUAUUUAUAUACAUGUGCAUAUACAUAUUAUUUAUAUAUUUAGAUAUGUACAGAUAUAUACAGAUAUACAUAAGAAA